UGUUUGAUUUCAUAAUUUUGUUACUUAUUACUAAAUAUUCGGUUGUAUAAGAUAAAUACUAUAAAAUAAUUGAUUAGUUGAGUAUUACUGUAUCAAAAAUGCGAGUUUUUUAAUACGAUUUUGAUGAUUGACGACUGCUGGACGCAAUGCCGGCAGCGGACUCAAACAAGUUCAUCACGAACAGCUUACCAGAGUUCCUAUUACUCCUCUCGCAAUCUCCAGAAACCGUGUUUACCAUGGAUCCAGUAAUGUUGCGGGACUUUCAUACGGUGAUUGUCUGUUACGACGCACACGUCUUCUAUCGGAACCUCGGUGACGUGGACGGACCCACCGUCGGCCUGGACGAAUUUGUGUUAUACUGCGACAGCAAAAUCCAGCCGCAGCUAAUCGACAACGACGAAAGCUCUGGAUACGUUUAUCGAUGUUUGAUGACCGUCAGCGAUUUGAUCCGAACUGAACCGUGGGCCCGGCUUUACGACAUCGUCGGUACCCGUAUCAUGCGCCGCUUGCUGUUUGACUGUCUGCUGUUUGUACCAUUGGGCCGACACGUAUACUACUGCGUGCGAUCGCCAUCACAACACGCGGGCCGAUACGAAGUGUUGCAGGCGUUCCGAGUCCGGGCCGGUUCGCGGUGGACACCGAAACUGCCACCACCGCCACCACGGAAAUAUUUUAACUUUGCGGGCCUGUUACGGGACGUGCAACCAAUCGGACGCCAAGACUCGUCCGACAUGUUGCGCAGCAUAUUACAAACCGAUGUCAUCGGCACGAUAGCCGGUCGUCCUACGGACGUUGGCACGGCGUGUCUCGACCAGCUUGUACGCAAGCUCAAAGUUAUGGCAGAGAAGGACACUUCACGCACGUACUGGAACAUUUACCAGGACGUAGUAGGCGAUUGCGCAUCGGCCGAGGUACCAUUAGGUAGGGUUAAGUCGUUCGCCAGAACGGUGGUGCGUAAGAUCGUGCCGCAAGAGCUGUUCGGAACGGCAGGUAACCGAGACCAGUUCUGCGACAACCUGUGCCAGGUGUUGAACGGUGGUAAGUUCCACGAUUACACGGUGCAGCACGUCGUGCACAAGAUCAAGAUGAAAAAGUUUAAAUGGUUGAACGGCGUUGCCGAAGACCGACGAACCGAGAUAGCGACCAAAACGCUGGUGUGGCUGAUCAACGAGUUCGUCUUUGGCAGGAUUGUACACUGCUUUCAGAUCGUAAUGACCACCACGCCCAACAACGGUGUCGUCUACAUGGUUAAGGCUAAGUGGGCGAACAUGUGUCGCGAGAAGAUAUCACCGCUGAUGGCCGACGGUAGCGAGUUUUUCAAGCAGAUCCAGCCAAACCCACUCGAGCCGUCGUCAUCAUCGUACAGGAACUGGAAAGUAUGCCCGUACGCGAAACCCAAUGGGGUGCGUCUGAUAUUCAAGCUGCGGUUGAAAGAAGGCAUCAACGAGAAGCGGCUGACUGACGAUUGUCUGACGUUUCUGCGAUGCUUGUCACGCUCCCAACCGCUCGAAUACCGGUCCUUGACGAGGCCACAAUUCUUCCGUGAAUGGAAGGCGCUCCAAGAGUCCCGUGGCGGUGCCACCUUGUACUUCGUGCGUACGGACUUCCGUGACGCAUUCACCAGCUUCAUGCACGACAAACUGCGAACGGUCGUCCGAGACCGAAUCAAAGAGCGUUUUGGUAAGAAGCAGAAGACGGUGGCCGUGCACACGGUGGACGAGGUGAAAAUCGGCGGUGGCAGCACCGUGUACUGUAAGAAGCGCAGAUACGUUGGCGGACUACCAACGCCGGAGUUCCAAGGUGGUUCGCUUGUGUUCCACGACAAGACUGAUGUGGUGCCGUUGUUCCGGAUCUGGGACACGGUACGCCGGUGCAUCGGGUGUAACGUUGUGGAGCGGGGUGGCCUCCGGCGAGUUAUGACCAGGGGCGUAGUGCAAGGCGACAGGUUGUCUGUGGCCCUGUGCGACCUGUUACUGGCAGAUCUGCACGCCCAACGGCUUACAGACCUGGUGGACAGCUCAUCGGGCUGCCGGCUGUUCCGGUUUGUCGACGACUACCUGUUCGUGUCGCCCGACCGUGACUCCGCACGUCGGUACCUGGCCGCAAUGCACGCUGGAUUUGACGAGUACGGGCUCCGGCUGAACCGGUCCAAGACCGAGACGAACCUAGACGACAAAGGCGGCAGCGGAAGGACCGUGAAAUUCUUGGGUUUCCGGUUGAACGCGGCCACGGGCGAAGUGACCAAAGACGCCUCCGCGUGCCGAAACCGCCGACCCCUGCAUUUUUUCGACUACGGGUUGGGCCGUGGUCGGCCAGGCCGAUCACUAUACGCCAAAGUCAGUCGGCCCGGCUGGCAUCAUAUGCCCAUCGUGCUGGUCAGCAAAUCGUUCAACUCGGUGGCCACCGUGGCCCAAAACGUGGCGUCCGUGGUCGCGUACAAGGCGUUCGCCGUCAUCACGGCAGUCAAGCAAUAUUUCUUCCAUCUGAACCCCUCGUUCCUGGUCAACACGGUGCGCGCGGUCGCACGGAUCGUGUACGCCAAUGCGCGCGCCUCCGUCCGGCACUCGGCCGUCACGGCCAUGCAAUGCAAGUGGAUCGUGUAUGAGGUGUAUGCCACCAUGUUCCGUGCACAUUUUUCGCCGGACGACGUCCGAGUCGCGUCUGUUGUGCAUCAGAUCCGGUGCGCGCAGACUUCUGUCGGACGCAAGUGCGUCACUCGCGUCCUAAGGGCUGCCUUGAGACACCGCGAUUUCGCCAAGAUGUUCAGUUGAUGCACUCGCCCGUGCCCCACUAUCGUUGCCGUUAGAAUACUAUUGUUGUUAUUGUUAUUGAUAUUAUUUUGUUACCUGCUCAUUAACCAUUAUGAUAGCAUCGUAUCUUGUUCUCGAUCACUUUAUUUUAAGUAUUAUUAUAAUUUUCAAGUUUUUAGUUUAUUUGUUUAGUCUCUUUGACUGUUUGUACGUCUGUAAAGAAACGAUAAUAUAUUAAUAUGUAUUGAAAGUACAGAACACAAGUCUAAAAAGCCGAGGUAGAAUUACUAAUCUGAAGGACCCUAAAAAAAAAUAUUAUUGAUAUGUCGAUUAAUCAAUUUACUUUCUUGGUAUUAGGUUAAAGACUUAAAGUUGGAUAGUUUAAAAAAUAAUAAUAUUUCAACUAAGUAGGUACGUAGAUAGUACCUAUAUUAUUAUUGAUUAAGUGUUUUUUAAAUCGAGACACAAGUAGAUCAAGUGCAGAUACGACUGAGUCUAUAACAAUUUAAAAUAAAGGGAUGUGUAUGAUUUCUUAAAAUGGAACAUCAACCUUAUGCCCCCAUCUAUUUCAUCACCCUCGCUAAAUUCAACACUAUUACCGGGACGAUAGUUUAGAUAAAACGACGCUGUUACUCAAUAAUAAAGUUUAAAAGUUAUAACUUUAAUCAGGCCAUCAUCUU